AUGGAUCUAACGCGAAGCUGCCAACAAGAAACUCUGCAAUUCUGUAGCAGAUGCCAGGAAUUUUAUGGAAGCCCACAAAAUCAUGACCUGUGUUCAAAGUGCUAUCAAGAUUUUCUCAAAGAAAAGACAGCCAAAACUGCAGAAAAACUAUGCUUCAAGAAAACAACUGCUUCCCCCUCCUCCUCCAGCCCUUCAGUUUCAACUAACCCGUUAACCGAUUGUUUUUUAACUAAUGCCAUGAAUGAACUUACAAAUAAUGAAACUACUCCUCUCCCAAUUGUGAAAAACAGAUGUAAAUCUUGUAACAAGAAGGUUGGAUUGACAGGGUUUGGUUGUAAAUGUGGGGGAAGUUUUUGUGGGAUGCAUAGAUAUCCAGAGGCACAUGCAUGCAAGUUUGAUUUCAAGACUCCGGCUAGGGCUGUUCUGAUGAAGGAAAAUCCAGUCUGUAAAGGAGAUAAACUCAUGGAUAGGUUUCUCCCACCAUCAAUGGCUUUGGAAUGGGUUGUUCUAGGCUACGUUGCGGGAGCAAAGGCGAUCAUGGUCCUCCUUCUAACCCUUCCGGGCAUCGACCCGCUUCGUAAGGGACUGAUUAGCGUCACUCGAAGCAAACUGAAGCCGUUCAUGUCCGUCGUACCAUUUUGUCUCUUCCUGUUAAUGGAUAUUUACCGGAAGUACGAGCAUCGACCCAUUUGCGAGUCUGAUUCUUGCUCCCCAUCUGACAUCUCCGCCACCAGAAAUCCAUCAUGA